AACAGUGAUCAUCCUCUCACCAAAGACUUCUCAUCCUGCCUCGAUAGUUUUGGCUUUAAACAACACAUAAACUUUCCUACUCAUACUAAGGGCCAUACUUUGGACCUAGUUUGUUGCUCUGGACUUACUCCUUUUAACUGCAAAGCUGAUGAACUGCUAAUUUCUGACCACUUGCUUCUUUCUUUCAAUGUCAAAAUGACCUUUUCUAUAACCAAGAACCUUCGUACCAUUUCUUUUCGGAAUAUUAAGAAAAUCAAUCCUGAUACUCUUUCUUUUGCUUUCUCUAGUCAUUUGCAUUUUCAUAAUCUGCUCACCCAAGAGGACUUAGUUUCCUAUUAUAACUCUAGUCUCAAUAGUAUCCUAAACUCUGUUGCCCCACUCAAAACCAAAUCUGUAUCAUUCUCUCAGACAGCACCCUGGUUCACAGCUGAACUCAGGCUCCUGAAAGCAAAAGGACGACGACUUGAACGCCUUUAUAAGAAAACUGGUCUGAAUAUCCACAAGGAAAUGUUCUUGCUCUUCACUUACCACUGGAACUGUUCCUGCUUCCCUCAAAACUGCCGCCAUCACGCCAAUAUUAAAAAAAACUGGUCUAGAUCCCAAUAAUUUUGAGAAUUUUUGGCCUAUUUCCAAUCUACCAUUCCUUUCAAAAAUUCUUGAGAAAAUAGUUGCCACACAACUCCACUCACAUUUAACUAAUAAUAAUCUGUAUGAACAGUUCCAGUCUGGUUUUCGCCCCUCCCAUAGCACUGAAACAGCACUUAUAAAAAUAACCAAUGAUCUUCUUAUGGCAGCUGACUCCGGUUUACUUUCCAUUCUUAUCCUCCUCGAUCUGAGCGCUGCCUUCGACACUAUUUCUCACUCCAUUCUUCUCAGUAGGCUAGCCUCCAUCGGUCUCUCCCAUACUCCACUAGCCUGGUUUAAAUCAUACCUGUCUGGUCGCACUCAGUUCAUUCAACUCAAAUCCUUUACUUCUCAGCCCUUUCCUCUGACCACUGGCGUGCCCCAGGGAUCUGUCCUGGGGCCCCUUCUUUUCAUUAUCUACCUUCUACCGCUUGGACAUAUUUUCCGUAAAUACAAUAUCCAUUUUCACUGUUAUGCCGAUGACACCCAGCUUUAUCUGUCCACUAAAUCUGAUUCUGCUCUUCCCCCAUCCUCCCUCACCCUCUGCUUAGCUGAACUAAAUUCAUGGUUCUCUUCUAAUUUUCUUAAACUCAAUAGUAAUAAAUCCGAGCUCCUCUUAGUAGGCACUAAAUCAACAUUAUCCAGAACCAACAGUUUCUCUAUUACUAUCAAUAACUCGCCGGUCUCCAUUUCUUCCUCUGUGAAAAGUUUGGGUGUCAUCCUCGACAGUACUCUAUCUUUCAAUUCACACAUUAAUAAUGUCACUCGGUCUGCAUAUUUUCAAUUGCGCAACAUUAAUCGUCUCCGUCCUUUUCUCACCUCACAUGCCACUGCCAUUCUUGUCCAUAGCCUUGUUACUUCCCGGAUUGAUUAUUGUAAUUCACUUCUUUUUGGUCUUACUCAAAAAUCCAUCCAUAAGCUUCAACGCAUCCAGAAUUCUGCUGCCCGUAUCAUCACCAGGACCCCUUCUAUCCACCACAUCACUCCUGUUCUGCAGCAGCUUCAUUGGCUCCCGGUCAAUUUAUUUUGAAACCUAUGGAUGUCAAAUGAAUGUGAAUGACACAGAGAUAGCCUGGUCCAUACUGCAGAAGAAGGGCUAUCAGCGCACAGCUCAUCUAAGCGAGAUGUGCGUGUACUUGCAGGCAGAUGUUGUUCUUCUGGUAACGUGCUCUGUAAGAGAAAAGGCUGAGCAAACAAUAUGGAAUAGACUGCAACAACUAACAGCUAUGAAGAGGAAACGAUUAAAGACCCACACGCCAAUGAAAAUUGGAAUUUUAGGCUGCAUGGCGGAGAGGCUGAAGAUGGAGCUUCUGGCGCGAGAGAAGCUGGUAGAUGUCCUCGCAGGUCCAGAUGCAUACCGGGACCUUCCGCGCCUCUUGGCUGUAGCUGAUGGAGGUCAGCAGGUGUGCAAUGUGCUGCUGUCUUUAGAGGAGACCUAUGCUGACGUCAUGCCCGUCCACCACGCACCUCGGGGGCACAGUGCUUUUGUGUCCAUCAUGCGAGGCUGUGACAACAUGUGCAGUUACUGCAUUGUUCCCUUCACUCGAGGGAGAGAGAGGAGUCGACCUGUCUGCUCUAUCCUGGAGGAAGUUCGUAUGCUCUCUGAUCAGGGUGUGAAGGAGGUGACGUUGCUGGGUCAGAAUGUGAACAGCUACAGGGACAUGUCAGAAGAGCAGUUCUUUGGUUCAGAUGCGACCAAGCUCAGCCGUGGCUUUAAGACCAUCUACCAGACAAAACGGGGGGGUCUGCGCUUCUCUGACCUGCUCGACCAAGUGUCACGCAUCGAUCCCGACGUGAGGAUCAGAUUCACAUCACCUCACCCCAAGGAUUUUCCUGAUGAGGUUUUGCAUCUGAUUGCGGAGCGAAGGAACAUUUGUAAGCAGAUCCACCUCCCAGCCCAGAGUGGAAGCAGCCGGGUCCUUAAAGCAAUGCGUCGCGGCUACACCAGAGAGGCCUACCUCGAUCUUGUGAGGAACAUAAAGCAGAUCAUCCCAGACGUGAGUCUCAGCAGUGACUUCAUCUCAGGCUUCUGUGGUGAAACUGAGGACGACCACCAGCAGACUUUGUCUCUAAUCAGAGAGGUGGGCUACAAUGUGGGAUUCCUUUUUGCUUACAGUAUGAGAAAGAAGACGCAUGCCUUCCACCGGCUCCAAGAUGACAUCCCAGUGGAGGUGAAGCAGCGAAGGCUGGAAGAGUGCAUCACCGUGUUCAGAGAAGAAGCUGAAAGGGUCAAUGCUGCUCUCAUUGGCAGUACACAGCUUGUCCUGGUGGAGGGAGAAAGUAAAAGAUCUGCUGAGGACCUGUGUGGAAGAACUGAUGGCAAUAUGAAAGUGAUUUUCCCCAAAGAGGAUGUUCAUGUUCAGCCUACAGCAUUCAGCACUGUACCCAUCAGUGCUGGAGACUAUGUGCUGGUGAAGAUCUUGUCGGCCAACUCCCAGAGCCUGAGAGGUCGAGCUCUCAGUCUCAACUCCCUGAGAGCCAGAGAGGUGCACUGUAGGACUCCACCUGAGGACCAGCCUGAUGAACAUGUAGUUCAAACUCAACCGUGACUGAAACAUGUCACUGAUUGAUGGAUACCACAUGAACAGACUGCUACAUUUCCUUCAUCACUUGUUUGACGUUUUUGACAAAUGGAGGAUGCUUUCAGGUGGACUGUUGCAACAAGCUGUGAAAGUUUCACUUGUAAACAUUGAACUACAGAAGUUUAUUAAAAGCUGUUUGAACGAUG